AUGGCAGUACGGCUCACCACACAGCACUUCUCCAGGGGGCUGUCACGGAGCGCAGCGUCUCCUCUCGCGCUGUCGCAGCUUGCCAGCCAUGCCAGACACCUGGCGACGCCCGUCCAUCCUGUGACGCAAGAUGCGACGGGAUCCAAGGGUCCAACCGCCAUGGUCUUUCUCAACAUGGGCGGACCGUCAACCCUCAACGAGGUCGGAGACUUUUUAAGUCGACUCUUUGCCGACGGUGACCUGAUUCCCUUGGGCAGACUGCAGUCCUACAUUGGGCCAUUGAUCUCCGCGCGACGAACACCAAAGAUCCAGAAGCAGUACGACGCCAUUGGAGGCGGCUCCCCGAUUCGAAAAUGGUCCGAAUACCAGAGCCAAGAGAUGUGCAAGAUCCUCGACAAGAUCAGCCCCGAGACGGCGCCGCACAAGCCCUACGUCGCCUUUCGCUACGCCAACCCAUUGACCGAGGAGAUGUAUCACAAGCUGCUGGCAGAUGGCUUCGGGAACGGAAAGGGAGGCAGAGCGGUCGCCUUCACCCAGUACCCGCAGUACUCCUGUUCCACAACCGGCAGCAGUCUAAACGAGCUGUGGAAAUGGCGGCAGCGACUGGAGGGCAAGACGGCGUCGGAAACCGGCAACGGCACCAUUACGUGGAGUGUCAUUGACCGAUGGCCCACGCAUCCCGGCCUCGUGGAGGCAUUUGCGCAGAACAUUGAGGCAAAGCUGGCCGAGUAUCCGGAGGAGCGGAGGCGCAAUGCCAUUCUGCUCUUCUCAGCGCACAGCUUGCCCAUGGACGUGGUCAACAGAGGCGACCCGUAUCCCGGCGAAGUUGCUGCAACCGUUCAAGCCGUCAUGGAGCGACUCAAGUUCUCCAACCCUUACAGAUUAUGCUGGCAGUCGCAGGUCGGGCCCAAGGCUUGGCUGGGUCCUCAGACGUCCGACACGGUGGAGAACUACAUUGCAAAGGGCCAGAAGGACCUCGUCCUUAUUCCCAUUGCCUUUACAUCAGAUCACAUCGAAACACUAUACGAACUCGACAUUGAGGUCAUUGGCGAGAGCGGCCACGCAGAUACCGUCAAGCGGGUGGACAGCUUGAACGGCAGCCCAGUCUUCAUCAAGGCGCUCGCUGACCUUGCAAAGUCACAUCUCGGCUCCGGCCAGGCGUGCUCGCUUCAGAUGGGUCUCCGGUGUCCCGCCUGUAAGAGCGAACGGUGUGCUGAGUCGAAGAAAUUCUUUGCCAGCCAACAAGCUGCGCUAUCAUCGGCUUAG